CGGAUAUCAUACAGUUUAGCAGACUUGUCCAUCUUGUGUGGGACUAGUCAGGUAGUUAAAGUGAACUGUAAAGAAGAAGAAGAAGAAGUCUGCUGGGAUCUGUAGGAUGUUCUCACUGUUUACUACCAGACAUCUCCAUUUCGGAAUGAGAGGCCUCACCAACUACCAUCUAUCCUGCUGUGUGAACACUUUGCUGCAGACCCUCUCCGCCACCUGGGAAAUACUAGACCUGCUAGAAAAGUGGGAAGCAGCUCGUGGGAGACGGGAUAGUCGUAAUGUCCCCCAGGAGCUGAAGAGAGUUCUUUCAGCCAUGCGAGGAGACCUUCCUCAGCCGGCCCCACAUCGUGACUUCCUCCACUGUCUGGACAGAAACUGCAUCCGACUCGGUAUGCAGCACGACGCCGACGAGGUCUUCCUCUCCAUUCUGAACUUGAUGCAGCAGCAGAUGGAUGACAGAGCUCUGGCUCUCGAAAUCCAGAAUCUGUACAAGAUUUCAGUGGAGACUCACCUGCAGUGUUUGGAGUGCAGCUCCAUCCAGACUCGAAGCAGCUACAUGCUCAGCCUGCCUCUGCACAUAAAGGAAGAUACCAAUUCUCUGGAGAGCUGCAUGACUUCCUUCUUUGAGCAUCAGGAGCUAAGAGGCAUAAAUCGCUGCUUUUGUGCACAAUGUGGAAUGAAGAGGACGUCCAAACAGGGUGUCAAACUCCUGUCCCUGCCUCGUAUCUUGUGUGUGCACCUGAAACGAUUCCGAAAUAUGCACAGUUCAACACUAAAACUUGACUGCAGAGUUACUUUUCCAGAAACCUUUGACUUUUUGGAGAUUCUUCAAGAUGCGUUCUCCACAGGCUUUGAGCAGAAAGAUACAAAGUACACUUUGUAUGCAGUGAUAGUACACUCUGGUUAUGCAGCGUGUGGACACUACACCGCCUACGUCCGUCACAGAGUGAACAAGCACUGGUACUAUGCAGAUGACAGUCAUGUACAGCAGACCUCCUGGGAAGAAGUGAAGACAACAUAUGGAGGACAUUGCAGAGAAACAGCGUACAUGUUGAUGUACAGAAGAGAUUUCAAAGAAGAAGGACGACAACCUGAAUUUUCUGGCUGAGUGGACUGAUGUGAAUUAACCCUCCUGUUGUCCUCAUUUACAGGCACCAAAAAAAUAUUGUUUCCUUGUCUGAAAAAAUCCAAAAAUUCAGUAAAAAAAAAUUCCCCAAAUUUCUGAAAAUUUGCAAAAGCUUCAGGAAGAAAAUUCCAAUAAUUCCUUAAAAGUUUCCCUUAAAAGUUUUAUUUAAAAAAAAUUACAAAUUUGGCAAGAAAAUUCUUGUAAAUAUUUUCAAAAAAUGAGUAAAAAUCUUCCAAAAAAAUCCUGAAAAUAUCUAAAGUGAUUCCAUAUAUAUCAGUAAAACUUCUAAUAUUUUCUUUAACAACUUUCACAUAAAAAUCAACCAAAAUCCAGCGAUUUUUGCUGGAUGUUGGUUGAUUUUUUUGUGAAAGUUGUUAAGAAACAUUUUUAACAUUUCUUUUUUCCACCAAAAAAUGUUCAAAGAUUCCCCAAAAAUGUUGAAAAUGUGGACAGCAGAAGUUUCAUGGUGAAAAUAUAUAUUUUUUGCCACAUUUUCAAACUUUAAAAUGGGUCAAUUUUGACCCGCAGGACGACACGAGGGUUAAUCAGGGAACACGAUGCAACAUAGGAAUAUGGAAACAUUUAUUUUCCUGAAUUAAUUAUUGUAAUUUCAGAUUUUUUUUGCACACAGUGAAAGGUUUUAUUGUUAAUACUGUUUCAUAGAGCUCGUCAUAAACACAAACCAGCUGAGUAAUUUGUGCUGGGGACCAGUAGGUGGCGGUGAAGAUCCAAAUCAUGGAAGUGUUUUCAGCUGGGACCACACACACUGCGAACCCACUCGGUGGUACUGGGGGGUUGGUUUCCAGAGAAUGCAUAGCUUAGAUACUCGCUGUUUGGGGGAAAUACUUGCAGCAGGACUCAGCGUUCACUUUCCACUCACUCAUGAAGAACAAUGAGGUGAUUUUUUUCACACGUGGACUGACAAAAACAUCAACUUUGAUUGUGUGAAGGAUAUUUUCCUACUGCUUGUGGGCCUUUUUUACUAUAAAAAAAACUGAUGACUUUAA